UCUAGUCCAAGUGGGAAGAAGUUCAGAAGCAAACCUCAGUUGGCAAGGUACCUGGGAAAUACUGUUGACCUUAGCAGUUUUGACUUCAGAACUGGAAAGAUGAUGCCUAGUAAAUUACAGAAGAACAAACAGAGACUGCGGAAUGAUCCUCUAAAUCAAAAUAAGGGUAAACCAGACUUGAAUACAACAUUGCCAAUUAGACAAACAGCAUCAAUUUUCAAACAACCAGUGACUAAAGUCACAAACCAUCCUAGUAAUAAAGUGAAAUCAGACCCACAACGAAUGAAUGAACAACCACGUCAGCUUUUCUGGGAGAAGAGGCUACAAGGACUUAGUGCAUCAGAUGUAACAGAACAAAUUAUAAAAACCAUGGAGCUACCUAAAGGUCUUCAAGGAGUUGGUCCAGGUAAUAAUGAUGAGACCCUUUUAUCUGCUGUUGCCAGUGCUUUGCACACGAGCUCUGCACCAAUCACAGGACAAGUCUCCGCUGCUGUGGAGAAGAACCCCGCUGUAUGGCUUAACACAUCUCAACCCCUCUGCAAAGCUUUCAUUGUCACAGAUGAAGACAUUAGGAAACAAGAAGAGCGAGUACAACAAGUACGUAAGAAAUUAGAAGAAGCACUGAUGGCAGACAUCCUGUCCCGGGCUGCUGAUACAGAAGAGAUGGAUAUUGAAAUGGACAGUGGCGAUGAAGCCUAAGAAUAUGAUAGGUAACUUUGGACUGACUUUCCCCAAGAGCAAAUUACUAGAAAUUGAGUAAAAACGUUUCCAAUGGGUUUUGCCUGUAAGAAAAAAAUGUACCCGAGCCCAUAGAGCUUUUUAAUAAUAGCACUAACCAAUGCCUUUUUAGAUGUAUUUUUGAUGUAUAUAUCUAUUAUUAAAAAAUGAUGUUUAUUUUGAGUCCUAGGACCUAAAAUUAGUGUUUCGUAAUAUCAAGAAGGACCUUUAAGAUGAAGCUGAGCUUUUCAUGCAGGGUGCAAUCUACUGGAAAUGUAGCACUUAUGUGAAAUAAUUGUUUCCCCCCUCAGUUUUAAUAUAAACCAAACAAGAGUACCAAAUAAAUUUCCCACUGAAAGAUUAUUGUGACUUCACUGUAUAUAAACAGAUUUUUUAUACUUUAUUGAAAGGGGACACCUGUACAUUCUUCCAUCAUCACUGUAAAGAAAAAUAAAUGAUUAUAUUCCCAGACUGAUUGGAACUUUUUCUGUUAAAAAGCACACGCAAUAAGUAGCCCCUUCUUAACAUUCCUGAUACACAUUUAACUUUGAUCCUUGGACCUUAGGUUUGAAAUGGAGGUGGUGGAAAACAAUUCAUGCAUUUGUGGUUUGCCUCCAGACAUGUUGAGAAUUGUGCUUUCACCAGAAGUUUACAUUGUUAUCUAGCAUGUGUAUUUUUUUUUUCUUGCCUGUGACUAGUACUUUUGACAGUUCUGUUCUUAAAAAAGGCCUUUUCUUUCUUUCCACAUGAGUUAGGUACACACGUACCCUUUAGGUGUUACUUGAAGUUCAUGUUGUUUUUGCUAAACAGUUUUCACUUUAAAAUCUAGGUCAGACCCUUACCACAGUGAGAGGGAGCUUCUAGGCAAGUUGCUUAAUGAGCCAGAUUGUGAUACUUUACUAGUCAGUAUCCAACCUCUAAAGUAUUAACAUUUUUUUAUUUUCUGUUGAAGCUCAUAUGCCUAACUUCUAUUACCACUUAAAUUUCUUUUUUCUCGGUUAAAUUUCAUGAUGUCUAAUUACAUAGGCUGGCAUUGCUUUUUAAUCAUUAAUUUUAAAAUCAAAACAAAAUCCAAGGAAGGGGGAGUGGUUUAAAUUAAAGCAAAAUUUGAGAAAUAGAUCAAAAAAUGAUGUCAUUCUAUAGGAAUAGUUUAUGUAUUUCUUUCUUAUUUCAUUUUAAAUUAGACCUGAUAGAGCUCUUAAUUAGCAUGGCUUUGGGUUCAAUCCUCAGCACAAUAAACAAGUAAGUAAAUAAAUAAAAAUAAAAUUAGACCGCAACUGAUGUGGUCAAGGAUGUGACCAAUUCUGUAUCACUGUCACCUGUACAUUUUAUCAGUUCCUCCAGCUUCCUUUAAUUCUCAAAGAGAAAGAGGAGGUUAGUUAAAGCAAUAUGACUGGCUAAAUUUGGAGUGUUGUGUUUCUGGACCUUUAUUGUCAAGUGUGUAAAUACUUCUUGUAAUUCUUGGUUUAUUUUCAACUUUGGUCCCCCGGCCUUAGGACGCAAGUUUCCUUGGAACAGCCCUGCUGGUGGAUGAGUUUCUGGGAGGACUGUUAGCAGAUGGUCCCUGGGUUGGGUUCAUCAGUGUUCCAAGUGGGGUGGGUGGGGAGUUAAUAUCAAUUUCUUUUUAAGAGCUAGUAUGACAAAUUAGAAGGAUAGCCAGAGGUUUUUCUCCUCCUCCCUGAAGUCCAUGAGUCUAUUUGCAAUCAAGCUGGGGUAUUUCAUCUUGAUGAUCACGUACUCUGUUUACAAUGCAACCCCAACCAAGAUAUCUGUGUUUUUCUGAACAGAUUUGUAAAAGUAAAAACACAGUGUACACACUAUUAAACUUUUUUCCUUCUAUACUUUUCACAGAUAUAGAACAAGAUCUGAAAACUAUUUCAUGAUGUCCUACUGGGGACCAUUCUGUAUUAAGUCUGGGAUGUUCCCAAUAUACUGACAGGACAUGUCCAAAAUCAAGUUCACCAUCUCAUCCCCACAAACUUACUACCAUCUUGCAUUUCCUAACUUGAGUAAAAGCAAAGCAGAAGCAGCUCAGGAUCGAUCCCUACAUGUCUUCCCCCCAUUUUGUUUUCUUGUGGCACUUGUCAAUCCUGUAGAACUACUAUAUUUAUUGCACUUUUCACAUGCACACCCCAUCCCUUGUCCAUCCAUUAUUGUGGAAACCUCCUUCCCUCUCCUCUAGUCUUUUCAGUGGCUUCCUUUAUUUCAAGUGUUCACUGUCCUUUUCUGUCUUCUUUCAUCUCCAUGUAGCCAUCAGAGAUUCUCAAAAUAGGGCAAUGUGGUUGAAUCCCUUCCCUGCUCAAAAUUCCUCACUAGUAGGAAUAGAGUGGUUUAGAGUUAUUUUUAAGAGCAAGCACUUUGAGAUUAGGAAACCCUGUGUCUGAAUCCUGGUUUUGCCAUUUGUAUGACUUAAUCAGGUUACUUAAUCUUUGAUCCUGUUCCUCCUCAGUGAAAUAAGAAUAAUACCUACCUCAUAGAGUUGUGGGGAUUCCGAGAGAUACUGUCUACAGCAUGUUUAGCACAGUGCCUGGUGUGUAGUGUGUGUACACAGGAUGCUCUUGUUAUUAUCCCCAGGUGUCAGUUUUAUGUCACUUCCAAGAUGUCACUUUUGAUAACCCUAACUAUCCCUACCCUAACACUAUAUUUUCAGUACUCUGUUUAUUUUCUUUGUAUAAAAUUUCUAAAUCUGUAUUUUAUUUAUUUGCUGAUAUUUUUGUCUAUCUCUUACUAGAAUGUAAGCUCCAUGAGAGCAAGGAUGUGUCUGUCUUGUUCCCUGCUUCAGCUUCAGCACUUGGCCUACUUCCUGGCACAUAAUAAGCAUUCAUAAUGUUGGCAGAAUAAAUACAGUGGUUGAAAGGCCCUUCAUGAUUUCGUAACUGCCUUGCUGUCUAGCCUCUUUAUAUCACUGUACCCCUUGUACUUUUGGCUCAAGAAAACCUGCAUUACUUGCUCCAUUUAACACUUGAGCUUCCAUGUCUGUACCUGUUGUUUCCUUUGCCUGCCGGUCUACCUGGCAAUUUCCUGCUCAUUGAUCAAGCCUCAGCUCAUUGGCUACCUCCUCUGAUGCACCCAACUUCUCCAGGCAGAUGCUUUUUUCCUUCUUCCAAGUUCCCACUACACUUUGUAAAUACCUCUGUGGAAGCACUUUAUUGUAUUGUAUUGUAAAUUUUUUGGCAUGUCUGUUUUUACUAUUAUGCUGUAAGCACCACGAAAGCAGAAAUUGCGUGUCUUCAUUCUAAUUUCCCUACAGCCUUGCACAGUGCCUGGCACAUACGAACCUGCCAAUAAGUAAGGAAUAAAUUUGUGAUUUAACAAAGAAUCAUGCAGUUGGAAAACGGUUGUAUGUAUAUAUUUUCAAGAAAGGGAAUGCCCUGGUGGUUUCCAGAGAGUUUUUUGUUUUUGUUUUUUUGCUCUAGAGAAGAGAUCUAGAGAGCAUUAUGUAAUCUCUUUGAAUACAAGAUUA